AUGAUAUACGUUGUCAAACAGAGGCCGAAGCCCGUGCCUUCUACUGAUCAGCACUCUAUUCCCAUCCGUGACCAGCGGAAGGCAGAAAGUAUACCCGAGAAAUCGAGACCUCAUGAGAUGGACCGUCUCGAUGACCUGGGGGCUCCGCCAGCGGGUGGCAGCCGACCUAGAGACGAACGUCACGAUUGGAUGAGGGUAGUUGAGAGGAGUAGUUCCCGAAUAACUGAUGUGUUUCAUCCUUUGAAGCACGAUAAACGCUAUGAGGCGGAGAAAGCAUUUUACGCUGAGGAGGAUGCCUGUAAGUCUCGUCGUGGUAACUUCCAGACCACCUUCAAUAUGGCCACCGGCACAGACUUCACCAUCCAUCUUGAUCUUACUGUAUACAAAGACUAUGACAAGCAGCUCGAAGCUUUGAGCUACCUUCGAAGAUCGGGUCAAUUUCGAGCUGCGAAAGAAUAUAUUAAUACCGUAUUUGGAGACCAUCUGUCGCACCCAUAUGUCUUUCUCCAGUACGCCGAAUUACUUCUCGAUAUGGGAGAUUAUAAAUCUUUUAAGCAGCUCGACCUCUCAAACCCGUUCGGGGAAAAGCUGAACAGUUCCCCCGACCUUGUCCUACCAAGGCAAUCAGGAACAGUUCGGCACUUCUAUCCUCGCCCCGGGGGAAGAAUUCGGAAAUCCAAUCUACAUACAUCUCAACAGGAGGGGCGACGUACCGACUCUCACUACCCUUCUACGCACGAGGAGAUUUGGAGUGCUCCUCUUGUGGAUCCUCCUGAAGACAGAAGUGGUCAAGGCCAAUCCCGUCAUGACGGCCAUCACCUACUUCGUUGGAAUUGGACGCUGCUCAGAGCUUUGUCUCAGGUCCACCUGACGGGGAAAAUCAAUGAAGCCUUGGGACGGGCACAAUUUGUACUUGACAAUCUCGUGAUUGGUUCUGAAGUUGGCUCAACUGAAAUACAAGUUAUUUCCCUCGCGUUCCAAAUUUUUGGUCUAGUUGAGCUCUGGCUUCCAGAUAUCUUCAAUAUUGAGAUACGCGACACUUUAAAGGUCUGGGCCAAAUGGCCUGAGCUUUAUCGAAUGCUUCUUGCUCAAGGUCGUGUUUGGGACUUCAGGGACAUCUUUCUCAGUACAAUCGGUGUGUUUGGGGUGGAAUGGACAUGCUUGGCUUUCUUCUCGGGUUCCCCAUGGCGUGAAGCCAUACUUGACAAUUGGGUCCUCUAUGAACGAGAUCAAAGCACAACUUUAGCCCAACUAGACAUUCUGACUAACAUGCCACUCAAUCUCAAUCUUCCGACACAAGGUUUUGGACAAAUGGAGUGGCUCCAGAGAGAUUCGCAAACUCUUGCGGAACUCAUUAUGAACAACUAUCCUAAUUCAAUGAACUCUCGACCAUUCUUGAAAUGGCUUGUCAUCAAAGCAGCAACCGCUCCACUUUUCCAGCAGCCUGAUGUCGACGAAAAGGUUCUCAAUCCACGAUAUAUGUUCGAUGACUGGCCAGGCAUAUCCAUGGCGUCCCCAGAUUGGUUAUCGCUUCCUAUUUAUGUACCGAUGAGGAAUGAAAUCCCACCUUGGGAUAGACCUGAGAUUUUGGAGCCGGCAAAUGAGCCGAUACGAGUAGCUUUGAAGAUGGCAACGCAGCUACAUGACCAUGCCUUAGAAGUUCUAUGUCUCAAGGUACUUAUCCUAAGGUCCCAACAGCCUCGAAAACUUUUCGAGCAGCUCUGCCAGCUACAGGAAACUACACAAGAGGAUAAUGAGGGCUACCUUUCGACUUGCCUCUCAAGGUAUGUCAUUGAUAGGGACAAGCAGUCUCAGAAACGACUUCUGUUCGAACUAAAACAGUUGGAUGACUGGGUCUCGGAGUACGACUUACGACGCCCAUUCACAUAUCUGGCCAAAACUGAAAUUCAAGAUGCUCUAACUUAUAUCAUCAAAGGUCGCGACUAUGUAGCGCCACCUGAAAGGUUCCACAUGAACUAUUAUCCGUGGCUUAGCGACAGGACCAGGUCAUCUAUCAGGAACAACUCUUCCCCUUAUAUCUCAUAUUCGCAACCGCCUCGUCGUGCUAGAGGUAAUACUCGUCUUGGGAACCUGCCUCCCGCUGUUGCCGUGGAAGAUCAUGGCAAGGGUCAACACGCGACACCCGCAGAUUCUGCUAAAAAGGCUAAUCUCGCACAAUUUUUGGGCGGAGAGCGACGAAAAGAACGACGACAAACUGAAGACGUGGAAGUGAUGGAGGUCAUUGAAGAGCACGAUGAUGGCCUGAAGCUUCGAAGGGCUGCCUCCCGGGACAGGGACAGACAGCGGCGAAGCAGAAGUCGGAGACGCGAAGCAAAUCCCACUGAGAACCCUCCACUCUCACCAACCGAUAGCGAUAGUAGUGAUUCCUCCUCCGAGUCUGACGAUGGAGCUGAGAAUUUUCUUGCGUUCUUUCCUCAUAUACCUACCUCGUUAGCGAUUGAUUUGAGUGGAAGGAAUAUCAGAGGAAAACGCAUCGUCAUGGAGAUUCGAGAUGCCGAAACCGACGAGAAGACUGUGGACGUCAAUUGGGUCAGAAAUGAAGACGAAGUUACGCUGACAAUGUUCCGCAAGAAUAAGGGUACGUUCACGCUGAAGAAGGAAGCCAAGGACUCUAAGGAGCAGUGGGUAGAAAGGAGAUAUCACUUAGGGCGGAGGCAACGGAAAGGAAGAGGGAAAGGAAAGGCUGCAAGACGACGCCACAGACAUUCAAGCUCGCCGUCAAGCACUUCCUACUAUUCUUAUUAUAGCGACGAUGCUGAUUCCGAAGGGAAUCGCUCUUCGGAGUCUGAGAGCAGGCGGAUCCAAAGUGGGAAGGCGAAAGACAGGGGCCGUGGUGUUGAGAAACGCACUCGGGAACGACGUCGUAAAGAUGGCCUAACUAUCGUGGAGAGUAGCCCAGACUCGGCUGCUCAGCCAACGAAAUCGGGACUUGGCCCAGACGCAAUCGCUAAGUCCACAGGCGAAGCUGACCCGGAAGCCGAACCAGAGGCCGACGCUCAAGCUGGAGUCGAAGCAGAGCGGGAAGGGGUAGAAGAGGACAAUGAGGCAGGUCCGAGUACGGCCUCACCUGAAGCUGGCCAAGUCACAGGAGUUGAGACUGAGCCAGAAGUUGGUGAUGAGGAUGUUUGA